CGCUGCCUGGCCGAUGGUAGCAGCUUGAUGCUAGUGUAAAAAGCUCACGAUCACUUCUGAAGGACGGAAAGAAACCCAGCCACUGCUCGGAACACUUUCACAUCUUUUUCUAGCGUCUCAGCGCGAUAAAAUUAUCCCAGCAGAGACCCGAACAAAAAAGCCUUUAGUCAUGUCCGGACAGAGGAAAGGAGCAGCGGCACGGCUGCUGAAAUGUGCCUUCUGCAGAACCAACCGGGAAAAGGAGUGCGGGCAGCUGCUGCUGUCUGACAGCCAGAAGGUGGCAGCCCACCAUAAGUGCAUGCUUUUCUCCUCUGCCCUGGUCACAUCUCACUCAGACAGUGAAAACAUUGGAGGAUUUUCCAUUGAGGAUGUGAAAAAGGAGAUCAAGAGGGGAAAUAAAUUGAUGUGUUCUUCAUGUCACCGGCCGGGCGCCACCAUCGGCUGUGAUGUGAAGACGUGCCGGAGGACGUAUCACUACUACUGCGCUUUGAAGGACAAAGCUCAGAUCAAAGAGAACCCCGCACAGGGGAUUUACCUUGUUUACUGUCGCAAACACCGGGACGCCUCUCAGGAUGGCAUUCAAGACGAAGAGGCUGCUGUGGCCAGUGAUUCAGACUCCUCGCCUCCACAAACGGGCAGAGGAAGGUUUGAGAAGGGGAGGGCCAAGGUCGGAUCUCGCGGCCAAUCAGAAGAGACCCGCUCCACCUCCUCACAGGCUGCAGACGAGGAGAGUUCCUCCCUGGACAGGUCUCCUCUUCGGGCCAGCCCGGGAGACGGCGGCCAGCGCUGCGGCUUCUGUCAUGCUGGUGAGGAAGAGAACGAAACGAGGGGCAUGCUUCAUACUGAUAACUCCAAAAAAGUGGCGGCACACUACAAAUGCAUGCUCUUUUCAUCGGGGACGGUGCAGCUGACCACCACGUCACGGGCUGAAUUUGGAAACUUUGAUGUGAAAACAGUCAUCCAGGAAAUCAAGCGGGGGAAACGAAUGAAAUGCACACUCUGCACUCAGUUGGGUGCAACCAUCGGGUGUGAAAUCAAGGCGUGUGUGAAGACGUACCACUAUCACUGCGGCCUGGAGGACAAAGCAAAGUACAUUGAAAACAUGGCGCGUGGCAUUUACAAACUAUACUGUAAGAACCACAGUGGCAAUGAAGAGCGGGAUGAAGAAGAUGAGGAACGAGAGAAUCGCAGUAGACAGAGGGCAGAAAACAACCACGGAGGAACACAAGUCAAUGGCAAUUAGGUUGGCCUGAUGGACGUGACGUGGGGUGAAAACAGGAGAACUCAAAGACGAGGGAGACAUAUUUUUUUAUACUAAAUCUUCGCCUACUCACAAAGAUGUGGUCUUCAAGCUCCCACGAGUCCUUCAGGUGGUUUCAUCCAGUAAAUGGACAUGGUGUCCCAAUGUGCACCAGACAUCCUCUUCAUGUGAAACCCUGUUUUGAGACGACUGGAGGAGCUUUUCACAGACUGCUGGUACUCCACAGAGCACUGGACUGCUGCAGGAUCAUAAAAAAGCCUAUGUUUCCCAAGAGCCAGUGGUGGGCUCAAAUACAUGUAUAAUUUCCGUUAAAAUGAGAGCUGAUGGACUGAUCUUGUGAUUGUCACUCACUGCCCAUGUCCCCACACACACUUGGAGAAAUGGAUGCAUUCUUGCUCUUCCUUGGCUUCUAAAAGACUCACUUUUAAGGGUCUGUUUGUUACUAGUCUAUCUAUCAAGUUGUUACCUUGUUUCUGUAGUCAUGUCUUAAGAAUACUCUUUUCAUGUUAGCCUUUCUUUCUUGAUAUGUAAUAUUUUGCUACUGUAUUAUCAUCAGUAAUUUUUGAAUAUCUGGAUUUCACACAGUCGCGAAUACAAGUUUUGCCAGCAUGCACUUGGAUUUUCCCACUGUUCAAGGUGGCAUUU